CUUCAAUAGAACACCAGACCAAAUUCUAAAAUUUGCAAAACAUUCUAUUCGAUCCUUUCUCCCAAAAAAGUUCUUCAAUAGAACAAUAAAAACACCUUUCUAUACUAUGGAUUCUCGAGGCUCUACCCCACUCCAGCACCAACAACCUUCGAUUUUCCAUGAAACAACUCCACCAAACCAACAACAUGUACUAGUAAAUGGCCAUGAAAUAAUGGCUGCCCUAACCCCACCACCAUCCCAACCCCACCAAAAAGAACCCAGCAAUGACAUGUCUACCCCAAACAACAUUUUUCAACAACCAAACCUUUUAUUUUCUUUUUCUGGGAAAAAUCCAAAAACAGAUGAAUCUGUUGUUGCUAUUGUUGGGGCUACUGCUGAACCUUCUCAAAAAAAGCGAGGUCGUCCCAGGAAAUCAGUUGUUACCAAAUCUGUUAUUGAUGGUAACACUGGUGUUGCCGAGCCAUCUCAAAAAAAGAGGGGCCGUCCAAGGAAAUCUGCUGUAGAUGGCACUGGUGUUACCGGUGCUACUUCUUCAAAAAAUCCCUCCAAAAAGGUCAAUGGGAGGACCUCAUGCUCCAAAAAGAAGCAACAACAACCAGAAGCUUCAGGUGCAGCAGGUGGUGGAUCUAUGGAUCACAUAAUCCAUGUGGACAUUGGACAGGACAUUGUAUCUAAGAUAAUGACUUUCUUAGAACAAGAACUAUCUGCAGUUUGUAUUCUAUCUGGAGUAGGAGUCUUAUGUAAAGUCACCCUUCGACGGUCUAAAACCGCUGGUGGCACUAUGACACAUGAGGGUCAAUUUGACAUCACCUCGUUAUCGGGAUCAUUUAUACGGUCAAAAAGUGGCCUAACAGGUUUUCUUAACCUGUCAGUGACUAGUCCAGAUGGUAGUGAUUUCGGUGGUGUCGUUGCAGGAAAGCUCAGGGCUGUCACUCUGGUACAGGUGACUUUGAGAUGCUUCAGUCCGUACGUGGAAAAGCCUGAGUCCAAGGCUCCAUCUUCAACGCUACCUCCCAAUUUGCUGAAUUUCGGUCCUCCAGUUACAAAGGCGGGCUCUAGUUCCCAAGUGCCUGAACCAACAUUCGAAGGCCAAGCAAUGUGAAACUUAUGAACUCCAACUUGGAGCAAAAACUUGCCAAUCAAGGAUGUGUUUGGUGCAGAGGAUAAUGUUUUCCAGUUUUAUUUUAUUUUCA